ACAUUGGGUGUAAAUACUUGUCUGACGCUGACCUCGUAGGUUAUUCGAGAUAUCCUCAACUCUUCAUGGCAAAACAUGAGAUUAGCUAGCUAGCUGUAAAGCUAACCAUCGCCUAAGAGAAUAGCAACUAACUGAUAACGUCAGUGUGUUUUAGCUAGCUGUGGAGGAGCAAUAACAUGCCUCUGGAAAGAAACGUCUCCCUACAAGCGACAGAACAACAGAAGCAAGCUUUUGAGUUAGAACUACGCAUGUACGACGGCGAUGACCCUCUUGAUGUUUGGGAUAGGUACAUAAAAUGGAUAGAACAUUCGAACGCAAAGAGUAAUCUUGGUGCAGUUCUAGAGAGGGCAGUACAGCAGUUCGUGGAUGAAAAGAAGUUUUACGAUGAUCCACGCUAUGUGGAUAUUUGGAUCAAACUGGCUCAGAACAGCACCCAGCCCUUGAACAUGUUCAGCUACAUGCAGAACCAAGGCAUUGGGGUACAGCAAGCAGCCUUGUACACUGCCUGGUCAGACGCACUUGAGAUGCAGGGAGACCUCCAGCAGGCAGAGAUCAUCUUCUUAGAGGGUCUCAAGUCUGGAGCCAGACCACUAGAUGAACUACAGCGACACUACCGGACGUUCCAGAGUCGUCUGUCAGGCCUGGCGCACAGGGCAGAUGUGACCCAGGAGAAAAAGGAUUUGGAGCUCCAGUUGCCAUCCACGGUCGGACGGAGGACUCGGCGGAAUCGGAGGGUGCUUGCGUCCGUUAACACAGAGGAGGGGUCCUCGGCUGGUCACUCAAGCACAACAGACUACCAGCCGUCCACUUCAGGUCUUAUCCAAAGCAUGUCUGUGUCAGUCUUUGAUGAGAGCCAAGCCAGAUCCGUGGAGCCUGCUGUGAUUGAUGCCAAAGAGAACCAGUCUAUGUGGCAAAAAACGGAUAACAUGAUGUGUUCCUCUGGUGAUGUGACCCCUCAGAGUGGGCCAGGAGCCACGCAUACCCAGAACACGGAGGAACCUCCUCACGCUUCAGAUGACGUCCCCUUGGCCCCAGAGCAGGGCUCGACGACCAAUCAGUGCGAAGAUCAGCAGAGGGUCCAGAGCAUGUUCUGCAAGGAGCUGCUGUUCAGGGGGCCGAUGGAGUUCUGCUUUGAGGAGCUCAGGGCUGAGCGCUACUUCGCAAGCACGCGCCAAAAGCUACGAGAUAAACAGAUGUACCUGGGCAAAGAGAAGGAGAGACUGAGUCAGCUGAUUGAGCAAAGGCUGCAGGCGAAAUCUACUCUAGGUCAGGAACAUAGCCAAGAGAAAUUCAAACCCUUUAAGGUUGACAAUGGAUCUGCCAAUCCCGCCACUGAGAGUGGACCUCCUGGUGAAAAUGCUCCUCGUAGGAAUGAUGAGGUUUUCCUGCUGCCAGGAGAGACUGCAGCCAGUGAGCGUCCGUCUCCACGUCCGACUGCCGCAGAUGUCCAGCCCAAACCCUUCGCCGUGUUUGACGAGAACUCCCCAAGUGGGCUGCCUCUCGAGACCUUUAGCGCUCCUGCGCCGGCCCCGUCCCAUCACAAGUCUCUGAAGCUCCCCAUGCCAACCCUGAGGACGCGAGGCUCCCCCUCCGAUCCCCCCGUCGCAGAGAGGGACUCUAAAGACAGGACCCUGUCGGAGGAGGCCAUUAUCAACAGCCACCGCAACAAGACACUGAGUCGCAGCCCCGACGACACAUACGACUUCGCCCACGCCGCCGUGCUGGUCUCCACACCCUUCGGAGGGGUCAGAGGUCAGAGUGAGGGGGGUGUGACUGACAAGCCGCAGGGAUCAUGUCCCAACACCACGCCGCAAACGCCGACCGAGCCCACGGAGGCAAGCAAACUCAGCCCUAUUCUGGAGGUGAGUCAGGAGUGGCGUUCGAUCUCUGCUGUGCCUCGGCAACCUGAUCACUCCGUAGGAUCGGCCUCCAGCGCCUCCGUAGUCAUGGAGCCCGUAGUCAUGGAGCCCGUCCCGGACGAGGACGACAUGGAGCUCCAGGAGACAGCAGCUCCCCCUGAAGCCCAACCCACUGAUCCGUGUAGUUUGGAGGUGAGAAGGCGUCUGCUGCAUGAAAUAGGCCUGCGCAACCUCCCCAACCUCCACCCAGAGCCCGGUCCCCUGCCCAGCACCAUCCUAGGCCUGCGUCUGGGUGACCAGCUGCUGCACUACCUGAUGAAGAUGUCCAACCUAGAGGACUACUACCUCCUUCCCCCGGAUGAGCAAUGCACUGUGCUGAAGGUGGAGAGGUGCCCAGUGCCUUGGGAUUUCUACAUCUGCUCUCAGCUUAAUGCCCGCCUCCCCGCAGACACUCAGGGCCACUUCCUGAACGAGAGCAGCUGUUUCCUGUUUGAGGAUGGCUGUGUCACACUCUGGACGGUCCCGAGGGAAUUCACCUUGGCUGAGAUCACUGCGGACACGGAUGACAAGCCCCUGGUGGCUCACCUUGCCCUGCGGCUGGUGGAGAUGGUCAGACGGAUGCACACCUGUCACCUGGUGCACGGAGCACUCCGCCCACACAGUCUCAUCUUCUAUCCCAGCCCUACCGAUUCUGAUCUUGAGCAUGCUGUCGUCAUGGCAAUAGAUUUCUCCAGCUCACUGGAUCUAAAGUUCCAGCCGGAAGUACAGUCAGUUGGUUUGCUUAGCAACGCAGCGGAAUUCAUCAGUCAGGGGCUUCUGUUGCCCACCUCCUCCCCAUACCAGCUGGAUCUGCUGGGUGUAGCAGAGACUGUUCACCUGAUGCUGUUUAAGAGGCGUCUAGAAGUGGCGAAGACGGAGACAGGAUGGAGGCUGGCUGACACUGCAGAGACCAGUGAAGGGUCACUACAUGCUAUCUGGCACAAGUUCUUCCAGAAGAUUCUGAACAGUGGCGAGAAGAGUGCCACGAGUGUUCUGACUGAACUACACGAGGACUUGAGGGACUACAUAGAGAAUGUUGUUGGCUUUUAUAAGAUAACAAGUAAUAUAAUAUAAGCUUCACUUUUAACUUAUAUUCUGUAAUUAAAAUAAUUGUUUAGAAAUCUCUGAAAAGAAUGUUUUUUCUGUCUUUAAGUAAUAAAUAUGUUUGCAAAUUAAAGGCUCCUUAAUGUUUUACCUGAGGUCAUGGAACUCUCCUCAAUGUGAGGGCAUAAUGGUUGAACACCUGAAUGUCUUGUCAGCAGAUUAUGUUGGUUUGUCAUGUUACAUCACGUCUAAUUGAGCUUUCUAUGAUUAAUGUAAAACUACCACAACCAGUAUCAGACUAUAUAUAAUUUAGCUAAAGUGCUAGUUUAGUCAUGCCUCUGAUGCCUUGCAUGGGAAUGGCUUAGUGCAGUGUUUUCUUUCUCUUCAGGUUAUGUAAUCAGUUCACUAAAGAACAUCAGUUGAUACAAAGUCCAUCUGCUUGGGGACUAAGAGUUUAAGACGGGUGUGUAAGAUUGUGGACCUUUUUAUCUUGGGUUUUUCUACUUAUGUAAGCACUUAGGCAAACAAAUGGUCUGUGUAAACACAGUCAGUCAAUCUUGUAACAUCUGAGAUAGUCUCAGGUUCGCUCACCCUUUUAUAUGAUCUGUCAUUUGUUGAGUUGAGAUGAACCUUACCAUCA